AUGACUUGUGUGUGUGCGUUGCUGGACGCCAUCAGAAUCUACCUGUAUCAGCUCUUGCAGGUGCUCAUCAAUGUGCUCUUUACGCCGCUGCCGCCUUCGGCAGACGCACCAAAAAUGGGCCGUGUCGCUGUGAUUGGCGCCGGCCUCACCGGCCUCUCAUCGGCCGCGCAGCUCAAGAGUCACGGCUUUGACGUGACGAUUUUUGAAGAGCGGGCCAGAGAGGGUGGUAUUUGGUGCGACGUCAACUCGACAAGCAACCUGCAGACCAGUUCUAUCAUGUACCGCUUCCACCCGCUCGUCUUUUACCGCUCCAUUUACCCCUGUCGUGACGACAUUCUCGCUCAGCAGCGCAAGGUCUGGAACACGUACCGCCUGAGCGAAAAUGCACGGUUCCAAACGCGUGUCACCAAAGUCGAUCGGAACAAGGCCGGUCGGUGGAUCAUCAAUGGAAAUGCGUCGGAGACGUUUGAUGGCCUCGUUGUCACGGUCGGUACGUGCGGCAAGCCGAAUAUGAUCCCACUACCGAAUCAGAAAUCGUUCCGCGGCGAGAUUCUGCACUCAUCUCAGCUCGACGAGCACGAUUUCGAGGGCAAGCGUGUGGUGGUCAUUGGCGGCGGCGCGAGUGGUGUCGAAGCGGCUGAGACGGCUCUGGAAAGAGGUGCGAAGAAGGCCACGAUUCUUGCGCGCAAGGACCACUGGAUCAUUCCGCGCCAGCUUCUCGUGGAUUGCUUCAUUACGUUGUUCCCGUACGGCUCGCGAUUCCUUGCGUGGCUCGUGCCCGAGCAGCUGAUUCGCCGCCUGCACUACCGAGAACUGGACGAGAAGAUGAGUCCUACUACGCCGCUGUAUUCCGGUACGCCCGUCGUGAACAAUGAUUUCCUGCGCCUUGUGCGCCAGGGCGCGGCCGACUACCAGCGGGGCGAGACGACGUUGCUGCACCACGACGGCCUCGAGUACAACUUCCGUACGCGUCAUCAGUCGAAGGACGAGCGGGGCGAGACUCGGUUCAUGUCGGCGGACAUGAUUGUGCUGGCCACGGGCUUUGAGCGCCCGACGAUCGACUUUUUGCCGAAGGACCUCUUCCCGCCCGGAUACGCGCGCCCCAACAUGUAUUUGCAGUGCUUCCCUGUGACGGAUGCGAGCGUUGUGUGCACGAAUGCGACCUAUGUGAACGGGAUUGGAUCCGUCGGACAUUUCCACAUUGGCCUCUACGUCCGCCUUCUCGCGCUAUUUUUGCACCGACCGGAGACGCGGCCGAGCCCCGCGGGUAUGCGCAAGUGGGUCGACUCGCUGCGACACUCCAAGCGACACUGCACGGGCGGUCCGCUCGAGUUCUUUGCGUACGGUGAGUUGUUCAUGUGGUUCUUCCUGCGCAUGCUGAGCCCUGUGCGUCUGGUGUAUAUUUUCUUCGUCCUCUUUGGCUUUGGCGAGUGGACGCAGAACAAGCAGGGUCAGGCGCAGUACCGCUACACCAUCAUGGACUUUGUGCCCCGCCUUAUCACCCUACUCCACAGCGUGCCUCUCGAGUCUCCCCGGUUCCCUCGUAUGUAA